AGAGAAAGCUCCAAAAACACGCAAGCAGCAAAUGGCGAGACUAACGGCGCUUCCCCUUCUCGCUCUCGCCGUCAUCUUUGUCUUCUUCCUCGUAGUCGCUGAGGGCGGCAGCAGCGGGGGAGCGGGAGAUGAGCUCGCCCUGGGCUGGAUCCCCGCCGGAUCCGGAUGCCGCGGGAGCAUUGCGAAGUGCCUCGCGGGGGAGGAGUUCGAGCUGGGGACGGAGGUAACCCGCCGCAUCCUCGCCCGCUCCUACUACAUCAGCUACAACGCCCUCAGGCGCGACAGCGUCCCCUGUUCCCGCCGCGGCGCCUCCUACUACAACUGCCGCCCCGGCGCCCGGGCCAACCCUUACUCCCGCAGCUGCUCCGCCAUCACCCGCUGCCGGAGGUAAGAGCUCCGCCAUCACCCCCUUCCCGUCUCUCAAAAUGCCAUCUUUAGACUAAGAGAAGGUCGAUUCCGCACGCUGACGGUUUCUUCUGACAAGAUUUUAGCCGAUGUUGGUGGUGUCGAUGCUGUUCUUGUUGUAUUGGUGCUGUGAACAGGGAUCGUACGUGGUUGCCCUAAGGAGAAUAAAAAUCUGAUCUUUUGGUUCUUGA